UCACAAAAAAAAACAUUUCCCCCCUUUUCCCACGUUAAAACCCCAUCUUUUUUAUGCACUUGGAAGCAGGAACCCUAAGACCUCUCCAUACCGAUCAUGGCGAAACCGUUGGAUGAGGAAACCGCGAAGAAAGUUUUUCGUCAGGUCGAGUUUUACUUCAGUGAUAGCAAUCUUCCUCGGGAUUCUUUUCUGAAGAAAAACGUUGAUGAAAGCGAAGAUGGAUUGGUGAGCUUGGCUUUGAUAUGUUCGUUCUCGAGGAUGAGAUCCCAUCUGGGGUUGCAGGAAGUAAAAGCAGAGGAUAUAACAGAUGAUACUGUGAAAGCUGUGGCCGAUGCUUUAAGGAGCUCUACUUUUCUUAAGGUUUCUGAGGAUGGAAAGAAAGUUGGUAGGGCUACAGAAUUGCCGAAGCCGGAGGAGGUUAUUGAACAAGUAGAUGUGAGGACUAUCGCGGCAUCUCCGCUUGAGUAUGUCAUCAAGCUUGAAGAUGUAGAGUCAUUCUUUAGCCAAUAUGCAAAGGUUAACAGUGUACGGCUACCUCGGCAUGUUGCUGACAAAAGGUUAUUUUGUGGCACUGCCCUUGUCGAAUUUUCAAGCGAGGAAGAUGCUCAAAGUAUUCUGAAGCAGCGCUUGGUUUAUGCAGGUGUCGAGUUGGAAUUGAAACCAAAGAAGGACUUUGAUUCAGAAAGAGCUCAGCUGGAGAAAGAAGCUGAGAGUAAAGAUCUCCAUCGAGGUGCAGCUCAUAAAAACCCACCAGAUGCUAAAGAAAACUAUCCCAAGGGCCUGAUUAUUUCUUUCAAGCUGAAGAAGAUAAAUGGUGAUAACACACCAGUGGCUGACGAUGUUAAUGUGGCUGCUUGUGCGGAGGUACAAACCACAACCGAAGAUGACAAUGAACUGAAUGCAGAAAAAGAGUCGAAGGAUGAAGAAAACAAUGAGGAUGAUGUUGAAGGAGGUGACAAGGGAUUGGAUGAAGAAAAAGAGUCAUACGGCGAUGAAAAACAUGAUAAUGGUGCUGAAGGAGGUGAUAACACACCAGAAGUUAAUAAUAGUGAUGUUCCUGCUGCUGCAGAGGCACAAACUACUACAGAGGAGGAGAAGAGCCUUACUGAAGAAAAAGUGUUAAAAGACGGAGGAAAUCAUGAGAAAGUUGAUGAGGGAGGUGAUGGGGUAGGAAGUCACGGUCAGAAUCCACUGGAAAUGAACGAGAAAAAGACAAAAGAAAAUCUAUCAUCUUCUCCGUGCAAGGGAAGUAAGGAUAUUGUCUUUCGUGAUGAUCUGAAGAGUUUGUUUCAGAAGUUUGGUACUGUGAAGUAUGUGGAUUUUAAGACGGGAUCAGAUUCAGGAUAUAUAAGGUUUGAGAAGGCUGAGGCAGCUCAAAAGGCACGAGCUGCUGCCGUGCUUGCUGCGGAAGGAGGUCUUUCUGUGAAGAAUUUUAUCGCUACCUUAGAUCCUGUGACUGGUGAUGCUGAAAAGGAAUACUGGGGUAAGCUUAGUGGUGGUCAAGAUAGACAGCGAGGAGAUUACAAAGGAAACAGGGGAAGGGGAGGUAAAUUCAGAGGCGGGAAACACCCACGACAUAGAGAUAAUAACAACAAUUCAGGUCGGCCAAACAAAGCUCAGAAGGUUGAAGCCUGAUAACGGUGCCAGUUUUGCCCCCCUUUUUUCACAGAACUUGAGAUGUCGUAUAAUUAAAAAUUACUUGAUAUUAUGACAUUAUAUUAUUGAUAUUUAUAAUAAUAUUACUCUCGACGUCUUGGUAUAUGGAUUCACAAAUUUUGUCCCAAAAUGCAUAUCGUAAUUUGUAAUGUUAAAGCGAAAUUAUAUUUUAUUGGCACCACCCAAUAAUAAUAAGUUAUGGAG